AUGUUUGGGUUUCGCCCACACAUGUCUGCACAGGACGUCCUUCUCCAGCUCCAUAGGGCCGUCAUACAGCCAAAAACUAUGCAACACAAUGAUAAAGCCAUCCUCGCCCUAGAUCUGAAGGGGGCCUUCGACAAUGUUAAGCACAGCAGCAUCCUGGUUAACUUGAGUUCCACCGAUUGCGGGGCUAAGGCCUUUGCAUAUGUCAGAGAUUUUCUCUCUAAACGCCAGGCACUUCUUCGGAUCGAGGACGAGGAAUAUGGCCCCUACAAUAUGGGAACACGGAGUACCCCACACGGAGCAGUGUUAUCACCGCUCCUUUUCAACAUUGCUAUGAUGCGCCUUCCAAGCGAAUUGGCCAGGGUCGAAGGCACAAAACACGCAGUAUAUGCCGAUGAUAUUACAAUCUGGACCACUGAAGGGAGCCCUGGUGAAAUGCAGGAACGCCUUCUGCAGGCCGCUGCCGUAGUCGAGGCUUAUGCCAACGAUUGUGGACUCCAAUGUGCUCCAAACAAAUCAGAGCUUAUGCACGUUAGAGCGAAGCCAAGAGAUAAGUCAGCCAUACACAUCUCCCUGUCUGCGGUUCCCAUCAGAGAGGUGGAGGAGCUCCGGAUUCUGGGCCUGUUCAUUCACCACAGACUCAGACCGGACUCCACUAUAGCGAAACUCAAGAGAAUAGGCCAACAGGUAGGGCGCAUGAUCCACCGCGUUUCCAACAAGCGGGGUGGUCUGCGGGGCAGGGACGCGCUUCGGCUCGCCCAUGCCUUCGAGACUAGCCGGAUCCUCUACGCCGUCCCAUACCUUCGCACUAACAAGCAAGAAGACGAAAGAAUAGACGCCAUCAUUCGUAAGGCUACUAAACAAGCUCUGGAUCUCCUGGUGGCCACUUCCAACGCCAAACUGAGGGCGUUAGGUGUGCUCAACUCCUACCAGAAGUUGCGGGAGGCGCACCUUAUGAAUCAAUAUACGUGGCUCGUGCAGACGGCUCCCGGGCGCCGCCUGCUGAAACGCUUACACAUACAGCACACUUGCACUGCCGAGGAGGCGGAGCGUAUUCCGGAACUGUGGUGGCAUAUGCUCUCAGUCUCUCCACUCCCCAGUAACAAGGAUAAGCACACGCACGAAAGCAGAAGACAGGCGCGGGCUCGGACGCUUGAGAGGCAACACGGCUCUCGACCUGGUGUAUUCUACGUAGAUAUAGUAGGGCCUUCGCCCACGGGAUUUUACACGGCCUGUGUAGUUCACCGGGAAAAGCAUGUCAAUGGGCUCUCGUUCCGAGCACAAAAUCCAGAGCGCGCUGAGGAAGUCGCGAUAGCGCUUGCUGCUCCGGACCCCAACUCGAAAGUUAUCAUCAUGGACUCCCGGAAAGCAUGUGCUCAUUACUUUGUAGGAGAGAUAUCCACCCUAGCCAGCCAAAUUUUGAAACGGGCUCUCGCUGAUCCAGCCCCGAAACGCAUCGUAUGGGCUCCUGGACAUCAGGGCUUACCAGGUAAAGAGGCCGCUGACACGGGCCCGAGCGCUUACCCACCGGGC